CGAGAAACAACGCAUCAUCUUCUUUGAGUACGAAUAUAGGGUAAAAGGCCAAGGCAGAUCCACCUUUAUUAUAUAUGAAAUGUAAAUCGAAAUAAAUCCUAUUAAACCAAACAAUUCUAUAUCGUUCCCCUUUUUUUAUAUUUUUUCAAUCUUAAUCUCCUCAAAUAUAUGGAAUCAUCACAUUUACGUGUAUAUGUAUGCAUGUUUUAUAAUUACUCAUUUCAAAAAAUCAAAUAAAUCAAUCAAUCAUUUUGUACAUCGUAUACCAUAGAUAACAUUUUAAGAAUCGAUCGGAGGUGUGUGAAACGAUGAACUCGCCGUCAUCAUCAUCGUCAUCCUCGACAAUAGGAGAUGCAAACAAAUUAGCGGUAAGGUCCUCAAUUGUGGAGUCAAUAAGGGGAUGCGGCAUCUCUGGUCAGCGGGUCGAUAAGGAGGAGCUCAGACGGAACCUCACAAUGCCGCAGUACUUACGAUUCGCAAUGCGCGAUUCAGUCAAUUUGCAGGAUGCCACUGUUGGCGAGAGACGUUGCAUUCGUGACGGAGAAUACGAUAGUUCUGUUGCUCCUCUUACACCAAUUAUUGUUUUCAUUAAUCCUCGCAGUGGCGGCCGCCAUGGCCCUGUUCUUAAGGAGAGGCUCCAGGAUCUCAUGAGUGAGGAACAGGUUUUUGAUCUAGUAGAUGUGAAUCCUAAUGAAUUUUUCCAGUAUGGGUUAGGUUGCUUGGAGAAAUUAGCUGGUCAUGGUGAUACUUGUGCCAAAGAAACACGUGAAAGAUUAAGGAUAAUGGUUGCUGGAGGUGAUGGUUCAGUUGGCUGGGUAUUAGGAUGUCUCACACAACUUCACAUACAAGGUCGGGAACCAGUUCCUCCAGUAGGAAUCAUACCACUUGGCACAGGCAAUGACCUGUCUAGGUGUUUUUGUUGGGGUGGUUCAUUUCCAUUUUCAUGGAAAGCGGCUAUUAAGAGAACUCUUCACAAGGCUAGUAUUGGUCCAAUUUGUCGUUUGGAUAGUUGGCGAGUUUCACUUUGUAUGCCAGAGGGAACAAUAGUGGAACCACCUUAUUCUCUAAAGCAGACAGAAGAGUUCAUUCUUGAUGAGGUCCUAGAAGUUGAGGGAGAACUGCCUGAUAAAGUUAUAUGUUAUGAAGGCGUGUUCUACAAUUACUUUAGCAUAGGUACUUCAACUCUCUAUAUUGGUAGUGUCAUAUAUUGCUUGAGUGUUGUUAUUGAUUCAUAUAUGGUUAUUUAAGAAAGUAAAUUUGGACUACUUAUGCAUGUUAUCUGUAUUUUUCAUUUACUAAAAUUUCCUUUUAAGCCUAUAUUUGUCAAAAGAAAUGGCUUU